AGAUAUUGUUCGAUUUCUGUUCUGAAAGGUUUUGGUUUCGAGUUUUGAUGUUGGUAUAUGGUGACUUCUCCAGCUCCAGAUAUUUCUUACCUCUCAUUUAAUUAUUUCACUUCGUAAAAAAAUUGUUUUGGUAAAACGUUUUACAUACAUCAUACAAUAUGUAUUACAAGUUUAAAUGUGAAAUACGGCUUUUAUUAAUCAAAAAAUAGAUAUACUAAAUUGUUAUCGAAUUUAGUUGUUAAAAAGAAGCCACUAGGAAAUUAUCAAGGCAGUUUUAGCGAAGUUCAUCAACGCUUGAUGAAUAUAAUUUAGUGAGUUUAUCAACAAUGGGGUCCUCUAAACGACGAGGAGACAGAUCUAGGUCUCGAGAUAGAGACAGGCGAGAUAGAAAAAGGAGUAGAUCUCGAGACAGGUACAGGGACAGGGACAGACGUCGAGAAAGGAGCAGAUCAAGAAGUCGCGAUCGCGAUAGGGAUAGAAGGCGUGAAAAAGUUCGAUCCCCAACACCGACAGAACAGGAUGGUGAUAAAAUGAUAGCAGAUACCCUUGCAACUAUUGCGGCCACUAGAAAUUUCGCAAGUUUGAUAUCUAAAGAAGGUGAUGGCAACUCCAAUAUGUCUUCAGGUAGCACAGAAGACGAUAGAAAGAAAAAGAAACGCUCCAGGUGGGGUGGAAGUGAACAUGAGAAAAUUUUUAUUCCUGGAAUGCCAACAAUUUUACCCCCUAAUCUAAAUAAAGAUCAGGAAGAAGCAUAUUUACUUCAACUGCAAAUAGAAGAAGUGAGCAGAAAACUGCGAUCUGGUGAUUUGGGUAUUUCACCAAAUCCUGAGGAAAGAUCUCCAUCUCCUGAACCAAUUUAUAGUAGCGAUGGAAAGCGUUUAAAUACAAGAGAAUUUCGCACCAGAAAGCGCUUAGAGGAGGAAAGACAUAGUCUUGUAAUGAAGAUGCAAUCAAUUAAUCCGGAAUUUAAGCCUCCUCUUGAUUACAAGCCUCCUGUGACUAGAGUGAGCGAUAAAGUGAUGAUACCUCAAGAAGAACAUCCAGAAAUCAAUUUUGUUGGUUUGCUCAUCGGACCCAGAGGAAAUACUCUAAAAACAAUGGAGAAGGAAACUGGCGCCAAGAUUAUUAUCCGCGGAAAAGGCUCCGUUAAAGAAGGAAAAGUCGGUAGAAAAGAUGGUCAACCAUUGCCGGGAGAGGAUGAACCGUUACAUGCUUAUAUAACUGCGACCAAUCCGGAAUAUGUAAAAAAAGCUGUAGAGAAAAUAAAAGAAGUGAUAAGGCAAGGAGUGGAAGUACCUGAAAACCAAAACGAUCUUAGACGUAUGCAGCUCAGAGAGUUGGCCCAGUUGAAUGGAACGUUAAGAGAAAACGACGGUUUGAGGUGUAACAACUGUGGAGCGACCGAUCACAAAUCUUGGUUGUGCCCGGACAAACCGAACAUCACCAACAGUAUCGUGUGCUCGAGUUGCGGAGCCGCCGGACACAUCGCUCGCGAUUGCCGUUCCAAACGGCCCGGUCUAGGGGGCCCGCCGCUGCCGGGACAAGGCGACAAAGCCAAAAUCGACGAGGAAUACAUGUCGCUGAUGGCCGAAUUAGGAGAGGGACCGCAACCGGUGUUUAUUCAGAAUGGAAAUAACCAGCAAAGGAAAACGCAGACAGGUUUCAACAUAUUCGAUCCCCAAUCGGCACCGCGACCUCUGAUGGCGGCUCCAAUGACGAGCGCGCCGCCCAUGCCUUUGAUGAACGGGAACAUGCCGCCAGCGCAAUGGCCCGGUCCCCCCCAAAUGCCGUGGCCGCCUGGACCGCCUCCGGGCAUCCUGCCGCCGCCGCCACCACCCGGAGCUUCGAGUCCACCGCAAAGUAUGGCUAUGGCGCCGUCAAGCUGGGGCUCGAAUCAACCGCCGCCACCGGGAGCGCCGCCUCCGUUUUCCGUGUGGCCGCCCGCCAGUUUCCCUCCACCGCCCCCGCCCGGCAUCGACGUCAGCAGUUUGCUUACUUCGCCUCCUCCGCCGCCGCCAUCUUAACUUCCGAAAACGCGGUGGACUUUUUCUUUUUUUUUUGUCUUUAUAGUAAGAGUGCACCUCGAGUUUGUUCGUCUCGUUUGGUGUCCCCAUGUCUUCUGCUUCGUUAAACGUUUUUCGAUUCUGUCUGUGAGGCGUUUCAAUGGCGUGGCGUGAAUGUAAAAUUAAUUUAUAUUAUUAGAGGACAUAGUGUAUAUAGUAUAAGGACUCAACAUGGAAAAAGUGUGUUUCGAGUUUCUUGGAAAUUAUAUUAUUUAUUUUAAUUUAACUGAUCAGACAACAUGAUUGCUAAAUGGUUCAACAUUCCCAUGCACUUUUCCAAGAGACACAAUACUGCUUGAUUCUGAUCCAGAAACUCGAUGCGUAUUCUUUCCAUUGGCGCCUAAUACAUAACUUUGUCAGUAAUUUUUCUUGUUAUAAGAAAAUUUAAAUGGAAAAAGUAGGUUUAAUAGUUGUUUUUUUUUUAAUUUUUUUUAUUAAAUACCUUUGAGAGGUGUUUUGAGAGUUGGAAAUUGUUUAAGAGAAACGACAAGGGGGCAAAGGGCGUACACUUGGAAGGAGGAGGUUUUCGAGACAACACGAUGGAAGGUAGCGCUACUUUAAAAUUUUGUAUAUCAAUUUAAAUGUAAUACAAGAAAUUAUAUUAAUAAUAAGGCUAAAAAUAUUUUAUUGGACACCUUUUUACUUAUUUCGUCACAUUUCCCGAUUUUAAUUAUUGUGAUUUUUUUUUUUUAAUUUGAUACUCUUGUGCUGGUGAUGUUCGAAUAGGUAUGGGACAAGGCUGCGAUUUUUUUGUUAAUAGUGUAGCUGUAAAAAUAAAGAACUUCAAUAAUUGUAAAACAAUGUUUUAAUUUACAGUUGUCGAUAGGCCAA